AUGAACACGAUACUCAUUUUAUUUUUAUUCUUCUUGGGCAUUUCUUAUGGAGGACCUCUCGAAGGAUGCAAAUUCGACAGAUCCUACGUAAAUGGCUUUGGAACGACCAUUUACAACUACACCCUAGGAUCUUUGGAUGGCUGGCAACCGGGAUUUUUUGAAGGCGGCUACGCCAAAGGUGGUGCUUUCGCAUACAUAGCGAACCUCGACAUCACAACUUUUUCAUUUACCCCGGACGAUCUUGAAAUCGUAAAUACCUUCGGGAUCCGGAUGCAUCGUUCGAAUUUCACCUUUGUAUUUGACGGUUACUUCUUGGCGCCAGAGUCUGGUGAAUACACCUUUCGGGCAAGAACCAUGAACUCGUUGCAAUUUCAAAUUGGAUCCAAUGGAAGCUGUUGCGAUAAUCCCAAAGAACACAUGGGCGAGAAGACUAUAAUGACAAUUAUGAACAAGCCCGGUGAACAUGUUAAAUUGGCUGAUACAAUUAAGUUGAACUUGAAGGCGGGGAUGUACUAUCCCAUCAAAUUAGUUUGGUUUAACCAACGAGGAGAGUUUCUUAUAGAAACCAAGGUGACGUUUCCUUCGGGCAGACAUAUCGAUAUUGCAAAACGCUCCUUCAAAGUCAACAACCAUUUUGAGGCGAACCCAUCAUGUCCGGUUCCGCCUACGUCUUCAAAAACGGUGACUGCGGACGUGCAAACUCCCAUCACAACAACAACAACUUGGGAUUUUACUCCGGUGGAAAUUGUCACGGUUCCCACCGAUUAUACAGCGGUACACUUGACCAGAUCCACAUUCACAACAACUUAUACCGAUGAUAAAGGCGCCUUACAAACCGACUCCGGUGUUCUAAUCGUUACCACCACUGGUAAAUCUAUAGUAACCACGACAACCAUGUUCCCACAUUUGACGAGAUCCACAUUUACAACAUCUUCGAUGAAUUCUGAUGGUUCAUGGCAAACUGAUUCUGGAGUUGUCAUCGUCACUGGAUCCGAGGAUACAUUUGAGACAACGACAACCAUGUUCCCACAUUUGACGAGAUCCACAUUUACAACAUCUUCGAUGAAUUCUGAUGGUUCAUGGCAAACUAAUUCUGGAGUUGUCAUCGUCACUGGAUCCGAGGAUACAUUUGAGACAACGACAACCAUGUUCCCACAUUUGACGAGAUCAACUUUCACAACCACUGGUACCAACUCCGAUGGCGAAGUUGUCACUGAUUCUGGUGUGGUCAUCGUUACUGGAUCCGAGGAUUCGUUUGUGACAACGACUACCACGUUCCCCCAUUGGACAAGAUCCACAUUUACAACAUCUUCGAUGAAUUCUGAUGGUUCAUGGCAAACUGAUUCUGGUGUGGUGAUUGUUACUGGGUCUGAAGAUUCGUUUGAAACAACGACAACCAUGUUCCCACAUUUGACAAGAUCAACCUUCACGACUUCAUCAAUGAAUUCUGACGGCUCAUGGCAAACUGAUUCUGGUGUGGUCAUCGUCACAGGCUCUGAAGACGUCUUCGAAACUACGACAACCAUGUUCCCUCACUUGACGAGAUCCACAUUUACAACAUCUUCGAUGAAUUCUGAUGGUUCAUGGCAAACUGAUUCUGGAGUUGUCAUCGUUACUGGAUCCGAGGAUACAUUUGAAACAACGACAACCAUGUUCCCACAUUUGACGAGAUCCACAUUUACAACAUCUUCGAUGAAUUCUGAUGGUUCAUGGCAAACUGAUUCUGGAGUUGUCAUCGUCACUGGAUCCGAGGAUACAUUUGAGACAACGACAACGAUGUUCCCUCACUUGACGAGAUCAACUUUCACAACCACUGGUACCAACUCCGAUGGCGACGUUGUCACUGAUUCUGGUGUGGUGAUUGUUACCGGUUCUGAUGAUUCAUUUAAAACAACGACAACCAUGUUCCCACAUUUGACAAGCUUUUCUUCGUCUUCGACAAAAAGCACAAGAACCCCAUGGCAUUUUACAAAUUCGAGUUCCAAGGUUCCAAGUUCGCAGCCAACGCUAAGCGACACCAGUCUUGUAUCUAGCGAUAAUGACUCCAGAGACCAGGUUACAAUGGAUUCCACGUCAUCAAGCUUCCUGGUGACCAAUACCGUGAAAGAAAGUACAGGUAUUUCGAGCAUUUUUAAGCAAUCCUCGUCUAUGAUUGCAUCGCCAGGUUCGACAUCAGGAAUACUUUCACAGCCCACGUCUGAUGGAAAUACUCAAACACAUCAACCAUCGAUAACGUCAGCUGAAGCAGAAUUUCCCUCCCCACACAGCUCGAAGACGUUGAUAGUCACUACUCAUGUGAGCGUAAAAUCGUCGAUGGACAUUUUGACAACUGCGGGCCAAAGCUCGAGUACUGGUGAUAAGACCACUAUAAUAUCUUCCCUGGUUGAUGCCAGCAUCGAGACGCAGAUGCUGGAGCCGGCAGAACCAACUAAUUUGAGGUCCUCAACACAACAGAAAGCUACAGCCAGUGAAUCAUCGCAUGCUGAUACUCCAAAAGAGAACACGUUCUCAUGGACCCCUUCGACCCUUGAUACCACCUACACCACCAGAGACAACCAUCUAGGAACUGACACCACACAUUCAGCCAAGGCCACCAUACCUGCAGCUGACCAGCCCAACGCAACCAUGCCAGAAAGUGUAAGUGUUGAUAAUGUCUAUUCUUCACAAGCAGAAGAUCAACCUGCUCCAACAACCGAGUCCCUCCAAUUGACAGAUAUUCAGGGCUCAAUCACCACAGAGGCGCCUGAAGGCAACGAGAAUAACGCCGGCCAAGUGCAAGAGAGCAUCAAAUCCAGUUCCGUAACGGCUGUUUCCACACCCCUUAUCACCACCUACGAGGAUGGCGGUAGAAAGGGUUCAGUGAACGCGUUUGCAGGAAUAUGUGGAUUACUUGUGCUGCUCAUCUUUUUGUAA